UUUGGCUUCUAGUCCAGAGAGAGUAGUUGUUGGACUGGAGCGUCUCUCACCGCGUGGGAGGGAAGAUGCUGACCGGUGUCAUCAUGCCACUCUUGUCUCUGUGGAUUAUUCUCCUCUGUGGAGCCGGUGCCGGCGCCGGCGCCAGAAGGCUGGGUGAUGAUGAUGAGUCGUGGUCGGAAGGUGUUUCCAGAGGAAGGUGCGCGUCACGCUGUCUCAGGCUGCACGACGUACCGUCUACACCGCAGAAUAAUGGAUCCUUGGGCUGGUGUCAACAUCACAAGCAGUGCUCAAAGUGCCUGGAGCCGUGCAGAGACUCCUGGAGGAUGAAGAGCAGCAGCAGCUGUGGGGAGCGCUGUGAGCGUAUGUUUCCCCGGCAGCAGUGGGAGUGUGUGAGCAGCUGUGAGUUCCUGCAGGCGGCGGCGGCGGUGAAGCAGGGCAGCUGUCCUCCUGCAGACGGAGCCGCCGGCUUCGCGGCCGCCUGCGUGGAGAGCUGCGACCGCGACGGAGACUGCUCUGCUCAGAAGAAAUGCUGCUCCAACAACUGUGGCCACACCUGCCAGACUCCCAGAGACCCGUACAAGGGGGUUCCCCUGAAGCCGAGGAAAGAGCUGGUCUUUGAGGAACUCUCCUCCGGAGAGCUGGAGCUGCGCUGGUCGCCCCGAUCCAACGCCUCAGAAGAGCCCGUCGUCUACAUCCUGCAGAGGAGGUGGAACUUCGGCAUCCAGCCCAGCGAGGACACGGCCACCUCCUGGCAGGAGGUUGCAUGGACCACGGAGCAGGAAGUGAGGCUGUCCGACCUCCGGCCCGGUCGAUGGUACCAGUUCAGGGUGGCAGCCGUUAACAGCCGAGGUUCCAGAGGUUUCACCACCCCCAGCAGACACGUGCACUCCAGCAGAGAUCCGCCCAACCCCCCGGCUCCCACCGAGCUCCGCGUGGCCAACAUGAGCUUCGGCAGGGGCAGGGUGGUGUCGGCCAUCAUCACCUGGAAACCUCCGGCCGACCUGGACGUCCCCGUCCACCACUACAGGGUCAGCUGGAGCUGGACGGCCGUCGGACAAACAUCUCCGUCCAGGAACAAGAGGAGGAAGACAGUCACAGAGAACCAGAUACAGCUGGACAGCAUGCGGUCCAACAGGAGCUACGGCGUGCAGGUCCAAGCCGUGUCCUACUGGGGACAAACGCAGCUCAAAGGUCCAAAAGUUUCCCUCCAGUUCAGCACAAGCCGCCGCACCAGCUCUGCUCCCAGAAAUCCUGCCAGUGACAGUCUGGAUGUGGGAACGCCGUUCUACCACGACGGACAGCUCCGAGUCCACGUUUACUGGCAGAGCAGCAAAGAUCCUUCACUUGAAUUCUACAUAGUCCAGUGGAAACCAGAGUAUUGUGGGCAAAACCGGACGAAGCGCAGGGAAAAGGCUGCAACACGGGAGAACUUUGUCAGCCUGCAGGGUUUGCUCUUCUCCUGUAAGUAUAAAGUGCUCUGGCAGCCGGUCAGCAAGAAGACUCGUCUCCCGGCAGAAAGCGUCAGCUUUCUCACUCCGUCCUGUGCCACGAUCCAGGCCAAGAGCCCCAAACCCAUCACCUGUCCCAGAGACGCAGCCGCGUCCCCUCAGAUCCUCCCGAUGAAAGCGGCCAAUCUCACAGCGUCGUUCCGGCUCCACGGCAGCAGCAACGUGUCGGCCGUGUUUAGCUGGGACUUGUCUGCGACCCGCCGCCGUCACGAGCUGAUCGGUUACCAGGCGACCUGGAUGGAAAUCGUACCGACCAGGAAGCUGAAGAAGAAGCUGCAGCACGGCCUGAUCUCCCAGUCCCAGGUCCUGCCCCCGAGCGGUGAGGUCCUGGAGGUGUCCGGCCUCCAUCCUGCCAGCGUUUACCGUCUGGAGGUCAGAGCCAUCACGGCGGAGGGCGAGGGUCCCGCCACCAGCAGGACCUUCCAGACUCCGGGGUAUCUAACCACCCCCAGGCAACGAUUGGAGCUUAGGAAGCAUCGUGGUAAUAAACCAAUCCCUGAGAAGUACUAAGCCCAGGAAGCCUAGCAGCUGCAUGAAACCUCCACGCUCACGAUGAUGAAGAAUCCAGAGAACUGAUCAUGAACCAGAACUGCAGCCAGAACAAGAUGAAGCAAGUAGCAGUAAUGGCUUCAUCUCUCCCUGCAGCCCACAGAGCUGCAGCGAGCUGGGCGUUUAUUACUGUAUCUACUGUAGCUGCUAUCGGGGCAGUCGUCACAAUGGGCGACUUUACUGGA